AGAGAGAGAGAGAGAGAGAGAGAGAGAGAGAGAGAGAGAGAGAGAGAGAGAGAGAGAGAGAGAGAGAGAGAGAUGGCGGGAACGAAUGCGCCAGUGAAUGUGAUGUUGGCGAUUCACGCGAAGAAGACGCUGCCGGUGGAUUUGUACAAGCCGUUGAAGCAAUACGUGGUGCAGCAUUUUUCCGAGAGAGAGGCUCAGGACGCAGACGACGAUCUGCACGCUGUGCACCAGAUGCGCUCUGAGGUGGAGAAGCAGGCGGACACCCUGGAGGCUCGUCGAGAUCUUCUUCAGCGUUAUUUCAAGGCCUUGACGUUAAUGGAGACUAGGUUCCCGAUCAGCCCUGAGAAGGAGCACGUGCACACAGUCUCUUUCGUCUGGUACGACGCGUUCAAGCAGCGAUGGAAGACUUCUCUUCAGAACAUCCAUUUCGAGAAAGCGGCGGUCAUCUUCAACAUCGGCGCGGUGCAGAGUCAGCUGGGGUUGGCGGCAGACAGAUCCACUCCCGCCGGUUUGAAAGCCGCGUGCCAUUGUUUCCAGACAGCGGCGGGCGCGUUCGCCUACCUGCGCGACAACGUGUCGAUGAAGGCGACGUCGGGAUCGGCGGCGGCGAGCGUGGACGUGUCGGUGGAGUGCGCGGGGAUGCUGGAGCGGUUGAUGCUGGCGCAAGCGCAGGAGUGCUUCUUCGAGAAGGUGGUGGCGGACAACCGGCCCGCGAUGCUGUGCGCGAAGGUGGCAAAGCAGGUGGGGUCGUUCUACGAGGAAGCGCACGUGGCGCUCUUGCGCCCGGUGCUGGCGGCGCACUUCGACCGCCCCUGGGUCGCGCACGUGCAGAUCAAGAUGGCGCAGUUCCAGGCGCAGGCGCUGUUCCGCGCCUCCAUCGAUCUGCACGAGAACGAGUGCAUAGGGGAAGAAAUUGCGCGCCUGAAGUCGGCGCAGCAGAUCGUCGCCGACUCCAAGCGCCAGAGCAAGGGGGUCAAUCCCGCCUUGCUGGACGCGCUGUCGCGCCUCGAAGCCGCCAUAGCCAGGAACUUGGAGAGGGCGAUAAAGGAGAACGACCGCGUGUAUCUGAUGCGCAUUCCGCCGCCAGAUACAUUGCCAGACAUCCCCAGCUCCUGCUUGGUCAAGCCCUGGAGCAUGGCGGAGGUGAUCGACGCCACGGGGCUCAAGCUGUUCAUCUCGCUCGUGCCGGACAGCAGCGCGAAGGCGCUGUCCAAGUACACGGAGAUGGUGGAUGAGGUGAUCAGAACGCAGACGGAGAAGCUGCAGCAGGAGAGCGAUGCAACGAGGGCAAGCUUGAGGGAGAUGGAGAUGCAAGAAAUCAUAGCUGCGCUUGAUGGGCUGUCGCCGCUGCCUGACGGCUUGAGAGACGACGUGGAGGCAGUGCAGAAUGAGGGCGGGCCCAGGGCGCUGGAUGCGGAGAUGGCCAAGCUGCGAGAGAUGAGGAGGCAGUGUGAGGAGAUGCUGGCGCAGGCGGAAGAGACUUUGGAAAGGGAGAGCAGAGACGAUGCGCACAUGAGAGGGCAGUAUGGCUCCAAAUGGACGCGGGCCACGUCAUCGCAUCUCACCAAAGGCAUGCGGGAUAAAGCCAACGCCUUCGCCGCCAACCUCAAGCAAGCGGGGGAGAGCGACGCCCGCGUAGAGAGAGCGAUUCGAGACAACGAAAAGCUGCUCAGCAUUCUUAAUCACAAACCGAUUGAGGCAUGCUUUCCAGUUUUAUCGCGGCCGUUGGUGCCUAUGGCUGGAGAUGAACUGCUUCCACAUCUCUUAAAACAGAAUUUGAAUGAGCUAGAAAAGCUUGGGGGAGAGCGUGCCGACCUCGAAGAUAUGCUGAAAAACAUGAAACAGAAGGAUAACAUUUUACCAAGAUUGAUGGCAACGACGUCGUCCUAUGAAGAGCUCUUCAAGAAGGAGCUGACGAAAUAUGAUGCCCCGUGCGAGAAGAUCGCGCUGAACAUAGCAAACCAAGAGAGAUGUCUGAAGCAUAUUCAGAAGGUUACUAAUCAGAUCGUCCAGGCCGUCAUAAAGUACCGGGAAAUCAAGACUAAUCUGAAUGAAGGAACCAAGUUCUACAUCACACUGCAGGAUGCAUUGAGUUCUCUGAAGCAGCAGUGCAGUGACUACGCGUUGACUAGAGAGAUUCAGGGCAAAGAUAUCAUUGAAGAUCUUCAGCGACAGCUGUCGAACGUUCGAGUCGAGACUGCGCCGGGACCGCCUCCACCCUCGACACAGGGCCAGGCACCCAAUUACCCAGGUUUGCUUGGAGCACUGGGAGGGAUGUUGGGAAUCCAAAGACAUGGGAACCAAAUGUCUGGGUCCCAACAGGAGGCACCACAACCUUCUGCGCCGGCUGUCGGAGCGAUGGGGUCAUCACCCCAACACCAAGGACAGGGCUUGCCUCCACAACAGCAGCGGCCGAUGAGCCAGGGCUACACGAAUCAGCCACCACCGUAUUAUCCCCCACCAGCACCUUAUCAGCAACCGCAACAUGGGGGAUAUUAUGGAGGGCCACCGCCAUACCCGGGGGCUCCGGGAGGGGGCUACGCACCCCAUCCUCCUUAUGCGCCAUGGGGUGGGGCCCCUCCUGGGUACUAUCAACAAGCACCGCCCCCUCCGCCGCCUGGUAAUAAUUUGCAGUACCCUUAUUAUGGACAGGGAUCGCAGCAGUGACUUGGCGGCUCCUGUUUUCAAAUAACGAGGCAGUUCCAAGAUUAUGAUGAAUUCAUGACCGGGCUGUCGCCUGUUCAUUUUGUCCACUUACGGCUGCAAAUUUGUGUUGCCCCAGUCGCACGUGAAGCAUGCCAGGAUGCAACAACAACCAGGCCAGGAGCGGUGAACGUGAUCCACCCCCUCUAUGGGAAGCAGCGAGCGGAGUCCACAUUUCGGGGAACCACUUGGUGCUUUUCCAUCCUUUGCAGUAGCAGCUUCUUCUCAGCUUGUAAAAGUGGAUUUUGAAGGAAGAGAGAGAGAGAGAGAGAGAGAGAGAGAGAGAGAGAGAGAGAGAGAGAGAGAGAUGAAGUUGGUUCUUGUGGUAUAUUUGUUGCAGAGCCAGUGAAGCAAAGUCAGUGAGCUCUGUCAUCAAAUUUUUUGUGGCUUUGAGAGCCAUUGUUGUCUCUGGAGCCGAUCGUGUCGGCAUUGCCUUAUUGGCAAGCUUGUGAUAUGUAUAUAUAAUUUGCAAAACAUGUACGUAGUAUUCUUAGUAUGUGUUGCCACUGUCAGUUGCUUGUACUGCCAUCUUGAUAGCAGCCUCUAGUUUGAUGUGGCAAAGUUGAGUCGAUUCAAUGGGAUGGUGCCAGUUUGAUAUGUGCUGCCGUGCUUCCAUUGCCCCCUGCCAUUGCAUACCAUUGUUUGUCUGAAAGGUCGUACCAGAAUGAUUGCAGUCUCUAGUUCGAGGGCAGAACUGAAUUGAUUCCAUGGUGGUGCUGGUUUGAUGCUGCCUCCUUGCCUCUUCCCCUUUGCUCUCUCGCCCCCGUCGAUUGUGCAUUUGCUUCUCCCGAUUCCCUUGCGAUAUACAUUCUCGAUGUUACAGUUGCGGUCGUUCUCUGAAAUGGGCGCGUUCGCUCCCGCCGUCUAAUCCUCACUCGUCUCGUUUCUGUUCUUAUUGGGGCUGGUCUUCGACCUGGAGUUGGCGCUUGGCCCAUAUGGAGCUGGGGGUUCCUCCUCCUCCUUUGUGUGUCGCGUCAACGGUUGGAGUGGGUUUGAGUUUGCAGUUUUGGAGCGGUUCAACGUUCAAACGAGAUCAUUUUUUCGCGGUAAUGCGGCGGAGCUGGUGCCAUGAACAGCUUCCGAGAGCGAGGCGUCCCUUCUCUAUGUUCCGUUUCCAUCAGACAGCUUCCACAGAGCAGUCGCAGCAGUGUACCGAGGCAUGGUCGCUGAAGGUCGGAUAGAAGCAUCAGCUUGUUUUUGGGAGUGGCUUUGCAGAGAGAGGGUAUCAUGGCGCAGGCGUUGAAGAACUUGAGGGAGGAGGUAUGUGGGAGUGGAAGCUUGCCCUUCGCCUUUUGGGUUGAAAGUGUUGUUGUCAUCAUAGGGGAGGAAGAAGUGGGAUAGGCUAAGAGGAUACCUCUGUAUGGCAUGGCGAGCAAGUAUGGUCCUUUUACGCGCAGAGAGAGCUUUGUGUUGUCGUGUGGAUGAUGACUAUCUUCUUUAUCUGAAAGAAGACUGGAUGCGGUCCGCAGCAAGAACUGACCAUGUCCCUCGUUAUAUUGCAGGUAAGAAAUCUAUCUGAUGCUCAGGGAUGGCAGCCACCUCUGUUGUCUUACUUCUCGCGGAUGGAGGACUGAUCAUCUCCGCAUUGCCCAGGGGUGGAUUACCGGGGCUGGAGGGUUUGGGGGAAAGAGGGGAUGGGGGUUAGCAACUGUGCCGGCUGCCUUGACAUUUGACAUCGGGAUAACAUUCCGUGUUUGAAAGGCUCAUGUCUUCAUUGUCGUCCCCCCUUCGGUGAUUAUGAGUUUCCCCCUUUUUAUCUCUUUCGGGGAUCGAGCAAUCGGCCAUGUGCAACUUUGACGAUGCUUGUCCUCGAUGACUCGGGUUGGGUGCGUACAUGCGCGUUUUGCGGCUUAGACGU